CCACGGUUAUACAUGUUCUGCGCUUCUGGCAGUGCUUGGGAACGACUCGGACCGCUGACACGACGCAACUCCUGAAAGCUGCUCUGGAAAACUAUGCAGCUUACGAUUGUAUGGCCAAAACAGCGAUAUUGAUGGCACACUCGGACCUGGGAUCUCUCCAAUUCUCUUCUUUCAAAGAUUGUCUGGCUCGUCGUAUUAUAUCUCUAUCGGAUUUCGUCGUCGACAGCAGUAAUGACAGUGACUCUGAGCUCGACGAGUUUGCUUCGUUUCUUGCCCUAGAAGCGUGGCCUGCAUUUCCAACGACUCUUCGUCAGGCUUCAUACGAAACGAGGAACACGGUUCCAAGCCCCGACGACCUCUCAUUCGAAAACACACCAGUUGCUUUUGGUGACACGCUCGUCGCAUAUGGGCUUACAUCUGACUAUGACGAGUCCUUGGAGUUUCUGAGGAAGGCGGUCGGGGACUACAUCGGCCUUGUUUGCGCCCCACCUCCGGUCUGGUCUUCAACGCGCACGAAGCAAUGCGAACUAUGCGAGCGAGAAAUUCCUUUGACCUAUCAUCACUUGAUACCCCGCGCGACGCACGCCAAAGUUCUGAAGAAGAACUUGCAUCCCGAAUCGAUGCUCAACUCAGUGGCAUGGCUGUGUAGACCUUGUCAUACUGUUGUGCACCACGUUGCUAACAACGAUGAACUGGCUCGCGAGUACUAUACAAUUGAACUGCUACAAGGUCGAGAGGACAUUCAAAAGUGGAGAAAGUAUGCGGCCAAGCAACGUUAUGGAGUGAGGCGUAACUAGCGGGUGUUCGAACAGGAAUUGACAGAGAACUGAGGCUUGGCUCUAUUAGGAUGUAUGUGGGAAGAGAAUUGUUAUAAUCAAUGAUCGCAAGGUGUUAUCGUAUCAAUUUUCAACAGAGGCUAUCCGUACCUGCGAACAAGGAGAGACAUGGAAGCUUACUUGACUUCUCGCCCGUGCGUCCCAUACAGCACGUAUGAGAAAAUGAAACAUCCCUCAAUCUAUUCUUCUGGCAGACGUCGCACUUGCCGGCGCUCAGCGCUAGGGAUGAGUCACAGUCCUCUUGGGCGCAUCUCGCAUUGUGGACAAACAUCAUUACAAGCAUGACAGGAUCAAAAAACACCUACCUAACACGUUGGGCGCUACCAUAUCGAGGCUACUAUUUUCUAUUCAUCGUCCCUUCUGGAACAGAAGGAGCAACAAUAUCCAUUGUAAGCAAGUCUGCGCGUUUACACGGAGCGCUCACAGUGUCAGAGUUGUCGACGUGAUUGUGAGGUAACUGAUAGCCCAUCAGGGAGGAGUCAUUGAGCAAUUUGGGGGCCAUGUGCAACAUCCUUGAUCUCAGGGGACCAAUCAAGAAGGCCAACGACGGACACGUCCAGUCAGCGGGCUAUUGUACGGUGACCGUUGUACAAAUGAUGUGUAGUCUAAUUCUG